AUGACUGCGCAGGGCAAGAAUCACCCAGCAGGGAUUGAUGGCCCCCCUCCCUUGCCUCUUGAUCUCCAUGAACACAAACUCCAAAUAUUCUUGAACUGGGGUUUCAUAUUGCUCACGUCCUGUAUCGUGCCGUUGGUGCUCUAUCCAAGUUUACACUGGGGGGCAAAUUUAUCCAUCAAGAUCUCUCUUAGUGUAGCCAGCGCCAUUCUAGGAGCGUCGACCUUAUUUUCACUGGGCAUGCGAACAUGGCGACUGUUUAAAUUGACAUCGAAUUGCCGACCGCUUAAAUCAGAAAGUCGUUGGAACUUUGACUUCUUCCACUGGAACUAUCUUCUGGGCUUUGUACUCGUCACAAUCAUUAUCGUGAUUGGUCUGACAGAAGAACCUCCGAGUGUACGAAUGAAUUCUUUGCCUCCGUCUAUUCUCCUGGUACAAGUUGGCUUCACAUUAGUCAUUACCGGAAUACUGGCAAAGCUUGGCGUACGACAACCAUUCCCGGUGUCUUCCCUUCCGGCAGGUGAAGUCUUUCGCCCAGGCAUCUUAGUGAUCAUCGAGGAUGUCGUUGCGGUAGAUGGGGGCAGGGACAUGCCGUAUCGCGCAGCCCUGAUGAAACGAUAUGCAGCCAGCGUGCGGUUUCAACGCCUAAUUGAGGCUUUGAAUUGGUUCUGGGGAUUGGGUGGAUGUAUUAUGGGCAUUGUGUUGAUCGUUGUGAUUUCUUCGGUUCGCGUCCAGACCUUUGCUUUUGGAUUGGGGUGGACGAUUCCAUGGAUUUGGGCUGGUGUCUGGGCGGUUAUCACUACUUACUGGGUUAAGUCUGCGCUGCGGGAAGAGAGCCGGACUUGGUCCGAGUGCCGAAUGACAAUGGCUGUGUAA